GAUAACAAGAAGGAUCAAAACUCCAAACAAGAAUCUCCAAUUUACAGGCACGGACAAAUGUCGGUAUUUGCAUGAACCUCCAAUCCCAAUUUGCAAAUUACACCCCCAAAAAAGCAACACUAAACCAAAACAAAAAGGAAACUCCGCCAAAGCCAAAAUUCCACCUGAGCCCCGACCAGAGAGUACAAUCGACGCGAAACCCUCCCCUGAUUCAUAUCCACAUUCCCAAUUACCCCCAACCCUUAUUUCUCGACCCCUCCCGUUGUUUGUUUUCCUGUAGUAAAAAAGUAGCAGCGGGUGUGAGAGACAGAAACCCUUUUGCGUUUUGCUCGUAAUCGUUUGUUGAUUGGUGCCCAGGGAGGGGAGGAGGGCUAUUGGGUUACUUGCUUCUUCUUGAUCAGCAAGUGUUUGUGAUAAUGUCGAAGAAGAAAGCGACGAUGACUCUCAAGGAUUUCCAUGGUGGUUCCAUCCCUUCCGAUCUCCCUCUUCCUUCUGCUCCCGGCGUGAUUGUGAGGCAAUCGGAGCGCAGUGGCGUUGAUAGGCAAGCAGCAUGGGGGAACCUGGCAGGGCGGUCUAACCACCCGCUGCGUCCAGGUUCAGCUGGUAGCAGGAAUUUUGAUGACAAGACACCUUUUCUGACUCAUACCACCCAGAUAGGCAGGAAUUUUGAUGAAGAUGAGCGGAAACCAUUGGAUGGGCCAUCUGGUCCUCGUCGAACUGUCAGUGAUGAGAGCCUUCGCGCUCUUCCAAGUCAUACCGUGGAACCUAAGAUUGAAGUUUCAGCCCAUGGGAGAAUCACUAAUCGACCAUCCUCUACUCCUGGGUCGCAAUACUCCACGAGUGGAGUUAGUGGUUCUUACGCAGGGAGGGUCUCUGACAUGAAUAAUAUGGGGGUCAGUUCUUUGGGUGUUGGGGCUAGCAGUGGAGCUGUACUGAGUUCAGGUGGUCAUACUGUUUCUGGGCCUCAUCCAAAUGCAUGGGGCCAUAGAAAGGAGACUGCUCCUGUAAAAGAGACUGCCCCUGCUCCCUGGUCAGUUCCAGAUGCAGCAUUAAAGUUAGCCCAUGCUAGUGCACUGGAGAAGGUUUCAUCUGGUAGGUGGCUUUCUAAACAACAAAGUAAUUCUCAGACAGAUGUUGAACUUAUUAGGCAGCCAGAGACCGAGACUGAUUUUUAUUCUAGGCAUAAAGACAUAUAUAGUAAGAAUGAUCAUAUUUCUAGAGAUGUGGUUGGUGGGAUGGAGUACAACAGUGCAGCAUUGGCAAGGCAAGUAGGUAAGAGUUUGACUUUGGAUGAUAAUGUUCGUGCUGGUGCCAAGGAAGUUCUCACAUUGGAUAGAUCGAGGACUCCUGUGACAUUGGAGGCAAAUGAAAGAAAUAGUGGUAUUCAACAGCUUCAUCUAUCAGGAAAACCUGGUGGAAGUGAGUUACAAUCAGCUCCACAGUCUGAGUUAACUGAGAGGCCCAAGUUGAAGUUACUUCCAAGAUCCAAACCCCUAGAAAAUCUGGAGCCGCCCAUGGAGUACAAACCGGUUCCUCAGCAGCCAACUGUUCCUGUUCCUGUACAAGUGGAUAACCAGAGUCAAUCACGUGGAGUGCCAAACCCCCCAAAAGCUGGUAAUUUGGGAUCUGAGGGUGCACAUUCUACAGUGGAGCGUCCAAAGUUGAACCUGAAGCCUCGGUCAGAGCCUUUUGACCCAACAGAAGUGGACAAUGAGAAUAAGAGGAACACUGUGUUUGGAGGUGCUCGCCCAAGAGAAUUGGUUCUAAAGGAUCGUGGCAGUGAUAUUGUUGCUGUUAAUAACGAUGACUUGGUUCAGCCUCCUCAGAGGGUUAAGCAAGAUGGUGUUAGGACGGAGAGAGUGUCUGUGCAUGCUGCUUCCACUCGUUACACUGACAAGCAUGAAAAUAUUCCUGUUGAACAUAGAACAGGGAGGUAUACUGAUAGGCGGGAGCACAAGUUGGAGGGUGAGGGAGCAGAUCCUCAGAGGAAGAACUGGAGAGGCGAGAAUUGGAGAAAUAAAAGAGAGUUUGACAAGCCACAGCGGCAGCAGCAGCAGCAGCACCAACAACAACAGGAGAGGCCUCCUUCACCAGACACUUGGCGCAAGCCUGUUGAACAGGCAACACCGGCCCCUUCUGAUGCUCAGGGGGUUCGCUUUGGGAAAGCAGCUUCAGCAGUUGAGCUUGCCCAGGCCUUCUCGAGACCUAUUUCUGAUCCAACAACUGCUGAUCGUGCUUCUGGACAAAGAAAUCUUCCAGGUCGUGGGCAGAUACCCUUUUCUCGUCUGACUGGGCCUGCCCCAAGGCCGCAGAUAAAUGGUUACUGAAGUUUAGGGAUGAUUUAGAUGAUAGCAUUACAGAGGAAGAUUUUCUGGGACAGCAGAUGAGUAGGAAGUUGUGCCCAGUACAAUUUGCAGCACCGGCCUUGAAUUUGUUACUCAUGCCUGGAGGAAGUCAAAGUUGGAUAAGCCCUUUGAAGUGAUGAGAACUGGCGGACUAAAUUUCUUUUCCUUCCCCUUGUCAGCACCAAUUUCUGGUCCGUUGAUAGCAUUCAAAACGAAAUUCCAAAGCACAGAGAAGAACCAGUUGGAGGAUUACUGGCCUAUGAGCAUCUGGGUUGAAACUAGAAAAGAUUGAAUGUCGGUGGAGUUGACUGUACUUCAAUGGUCAUGCUGUUUCCCUUCAUAUAUUAGUGUACUCUUUUAACAAAAAAUUGAUAAAAAAAUAGUGACUGGAUGGAACAUCCUGCUAGUUUCAAGUGCUAUUGCUAAUCCUUGGUCUGAUAGAUAAGGUUGAUUUGUUAUAAUUUGUUAGUCGGUCUGUUUUACCGGAUAUGAUAAAUUGCCAUCCUCGCUGAAUGAAUGAUUUUUGAAAUCAUAAUCUGGCGCAUGUACAAUGUACACAACAGGGAACUAUUCAUGUGAAAAUGAAACAUUGUUUACAAGAAUAGGAAAUUAGUCAGAAUUUAGAUGAUAAUCAUUGCGGGUGGAAAGAGAAGAAUGCCUGCUCCCAGAAUUUGCAGCCUGAAAAGAGAAAACAAAUGAGUUAAACCAAGUGUCACUGAGAGAGUAGAUGGAUCAUCAUCUGGAAGAAAUUUUUGGUGAGAAAAAUUUUCAUACCCUUGAUUUUUCCCUCGACUUGAAGCUUGCGACUUAGUUAAUUUGGUGCAGGUUUUCAUGGGUUUGCAUUGAACUCUAUGGCUGCGGGCUAGUUUCUUUGCAGCCUUGAGAGUUUCAUUUUCAGAAAUGGGGAGAAGAGCUGGUUGCCACCGUGCUACCGAUUGCUCCUUCCGACAACCAUCGUUGUCGUCAUCCCGUUUUGCAGCCAUACUCUCAGCCCCGCCGGCAACACCCCAGCAAGAAGACAAUAAGUUUUUCAUGUUGCAAUAAUCUCCCACCCAAAAAUUGCAGUUUCAGUCCCCAAGUAUGUAGAACUCAGGACGGAUUCCUGCUUAGAACUUUGCAUUACAAAUGUGCUAUUUAUAUGGUAUGAAGCUGGAAGAGCGAGUGUUGAAAAAUGGUUGGGUCCUAUUUGCCGGGAAGCCGGGGGUCCGAGGUGGCGGGCUGGCCGGAAUAUUUUACAGUUUACACAUACAUUUUCAUUUGAGGAUGUCCAAACAGAAAUGGGGAACAGUUUAAGUGAAUGGGGCAAAAACAAUAGGCAUCGAGUCAAAACCGAUCGGCAGUAGAUAUUUUUUCUUCUUCUAAUUUCCAUUUUGCGGUGUCUAAGAUAACUUCUUACAAGUGGCAGGUUUGGACUUGAUCAAAAGUGGUUUCUGAUGAAUAAUACUACUAAUUUAAAGAUACUGUACUAUGAACAAUUUUAAAAUCUUGCUUUUUUUUUUUUUAUGGUUUAGACCUGUUUAUGUGAAGAAGUUGUUACAUUAGCUUUAUUAGCG